ACCUAUUUCCUGAACGUAACUUCCGGCAACGAUCGUCCCUCCAUGCUUGCGCUGCUGAGGUGAAGCCAAGUCACCACCCGAACCGAAGGUACAAAAUAGCCUGUAAAUCCAUAAAAUCAUGUUCAAAUUGGAAGGAGCCAAGGUGGACCCUGAGGAGAUGAAGAAGAAAAUGCGACAAGAUGUCAUUACAUCUUUACGGAACUUCCUGAUUUACGUGGCGCUGCUGCGAGCCACACCAUAUGUCUUGAAGAAGCUGGACAGUAUAUGAUGGAAGACGCACCUCCUACCUCUUCCUCUCCAUGGAGAAUCACGCCAUCGUUGACUUCGCCUCUGUUGUCAUCACCAUCGGAUGUGUGUGGAGUCAUCGACAUCUGCCUGUCUGUUUCCACACAUGAAAACAAGUUCUUUAUUUUAGUCAUGUUUUUGUGUUAUUUCUUUUCUGUAAAUGACUUUGUUAUGAUUGUACGCACCAAAAAAGUACCUUACGUAAUAAAAGGAACGUCUGAUUUCACUUUGUAAUACAGUAUGUUGAAGUUUACAUUCUGUUAGAUUGGACUGCUUUUAUUCCUCACACAAUGGGAACAUUUGCUUUUAACAUUUAUUUUAUCUUUUUCCCCAAAAGUUUCAGUAAACUGGAAAAAGAAUACAAGUUAACCAAGCAUAAAUGAUUAAAAAAUCUGCUGUAUUUUUGUUGCGUUGAUGAACUACAUUAAUACAAACCUUCUUGACUUAAAAUAAAUUAAGAAAUGUAUAUAAAAGUUGACAAUGUGUACCAGCACUUUUUCUUCAGAUGCAUUUUGUAAUAUUGUGUUGA